UCUCUCUCUCUCUCUCUCUCUCUCUCUACAGUGGGAAUUUAAUUCUGUUGCAAUCCCCACUCGUGGAGUCGUCACCAUUUUUGCGCUUCGUGCUUUGUGCUCUCUGCUCUCCCUGCCCUUCCCGUCCCGUCCCGUCAUCAAUCACCCACAUUCAUUCUUUCUCUUCUGCUCUCUCUCUCUCUGUCUCUCUGUCUCUUCUCUUCUCUGAAAGCCUCCCUUCCUUCACCUCUUUCGUAGCUUUCGGUUCUUGAAAUUUUCGUCAAGAAAGGAAGGUCCCUCCAUGGAAAACUUGACUCCUGGACAAAAGGUUUCAUCAUGGAAUCGGUGGCCGAAGAAACGAGCGAGACCAACAACAAGUUCUGUGCUGAUUGCAAGACCACCAAGACUCCUCUGUGGAGAGGCGGCCCUUCUGGUCCCAAAUCGCUGUGCAAUGCAUGCGGGAUAAGAUACAGGAAGAGGAGGAUAUUGAGCAGAGCGACAGAGAGGAAGAGAGAGAGACACCACCACCAGCAUUCCCAUGUUGACACCGCCGGAACUAGCAAUGCCGAGCCUGCGAAUGGUGGUGCCGGGAAGGACUUGAGCCACUCGUUGAAGAUGAGACUGGUGAUACUGGGAAAAGAUUUGCUGCUGCAGACGUCGUUUGUGAAGAAGCAGAGGUGCCAGAGGAAGAGGAAGUUGGGCGAGGAAGAGCUAGCCGCCGUUUCUCUGAUGGCCCUCUCUUGUGGGUCAGUCUCGGCCUGAAAAGCAGACGCUUAUAGACGAAUGGGAAAUCAAGAAAAUAGGUGGAGACUGGAGAUAGGAAGCUUUUUGUUUGUUCUUUUCAUGUUAACCUUUCUCAGGGGCUUUUAAGUAUUUUUUUUUUCUUUUGUUUUUGGUGGGGUGGUCUCCUUGAAGAUGGUGGGGAUAGCCAUCCUUAAGGAUGUUCUCUGGUUAUGCCCUUCUCUUCAGGUGGGUUUUUAGGAGUAGAUGAGGGAGAGGGGCGAUAGGUGACAUGAAUUUUGGGAGGCGUGUAAUGACCUCAGCUUACCAUUGACGUCUUAACAGUUUGUAAAUAGAAGGAUUAGGCAUGUAUCUAACGAAGACAACGACGUCACACCUAUUUACACCCUCA